ACCGCCACGGGGAAGUUUGGAUGUUUGCAGUAAGUAUAUUAGAUAAUACGUUGUCCAUCUUAGCACCGUCUAAUGAAUGCAUCUUGGUACUUGGUGACCUCAACGUUAAUUUCUUUAUUGAUAAUAAGAUUAAUCAGUGCUUUCAAUCUUACAGCCUGCAACCAGUUAUUGAAGAGAGUGGUAACUCGAAUAAUUGA